CUGACAGGUCACCUGUAUUAGAUCCUCAGCCUACCGCUGCCUCUUAUGAACUUUUAAAGCUCUUUUAAUUUGUUUCUAUUUGUUUUUUUGGAGUGGGAAGAAUAAUUCUUCUGUCUCUCAAGGCAUCCGAAUGUCUUUUUUCCUGAGAUCCCCUCGAUGUGAGCAUUUUGGGUGCAUUCAGUGACAUCAUGCGACGACUUCUGUGCCUGCAUGCAUUCCUAUGCUGCCUCACUAUGGCUCAUCCAUUCUGUCCAUCCCAAUGUACCUGUGUUUUUCAUGGACGCACCGAUGGAACAGGAACCAGAUCUGUGCUGUGCAAUGACCCAGACAUGUCUGACAUCCCUGUCAAUGUCCCCGUGGACACAGUCAAACUUCGUAUUGAAAAAACUGCGGUACGGCGAGUCCCAACAGAAGCUUUUUACUACUUGGUGGACCUACGAUACCUCUGGAUUACCUAUAAUUCCAUAACCUCAGUGGAUACUGGAAGUUUCUACAACCUAAAAGUGCUCCACGAGCUCAGACUGGAUGGAAAUAUGAUCUCAAUGUUUCCAUGGGAAUCUCUCAAAGAGAUGCCAAUGCUGAAGACACUGGAUCUUCACAACAACAGAAUUAAUAAUGUUCCCACCGAGGCAAUUCCUUACCUCCGCAACAUUACCUACUUGGAUCUAUCCAGCAACAAAUUAACCACCCUACCCUCUGAGCUCAUGGACAUAUGGCCACCAUUUAAUGGUCUACCUGUAUCUUCUAAUGCCUCCCAGAAAGUAGUGUUAGGCCUCCAAGAUAAUCCAUGGUUCUGUGACUGUAAAAUCUCCAAGAUGAUUGAGAUUUCCAAAAUGGCUGAGACACCAGUAAUUUUGAUGGAUCUAUUUUUGACCUGUGCUGGACCAGAAAAUCUUUCAGGUGUUCUUUUUCAGCAUGCUGAACUUGAAAACUGCGUAAAACCAUCAGUGAUGACUUCUGCAACCAAGAUCACAUCUCCUUUGGGCAGCAAUGUUCUCCUGCGAUGUGAUGCUUCAGGUUUUCCAACACCAACACUUUACUGGGCUAAAUCUGAUGGCUCACCAGUCAGUAACACAGUCCAGGAGUCACCUGGAGAUGGCAUCAGAUGGUCCAUCAUGAGCUUGCAUGGAAUACUGUACAAGGAUGCUGGUAACUACAACUGCAAAGCUAAGAAUGUCGCCGGCAGUGUGGAAGCCACCAUUUCUCUCACUGUUGCUGGUACCAUUGGCACUACUGUCCCCCCACUAAGACCUGGCGUUGGCACUGGACCAAGCAGUGUGGCCACAACAAUAAUUCCACCGACAUUCAUUCCUGACUCAUUUACGUCGACGGUUCUCCCAAGAGCAUCAACAAUUGCUUUUUAUAGAAAGUUAAAGCCAACCCCUAGCAAUGGUUUACAAAAGUCUAAAGUUAAGCAAGCAAAAAAUGAGCAAGGAAGCAACGUGACAAAGCUUGCAGCCGAUGAAAAAAGCAAGAAAAGCGACCCAUCAAAGUCUAUUAGGGACCUAAAGAUUGUUGAGGAAACAGCUGACAGUGCAGUGUUGCUGUGGACUGCAGAUGGGUUACCAAAUGAUGCUCCACUUACAGUUGUAUAUUCACCCUAUGGUGAGGAUGACACUAAAAGGACAGUGGAGACUAAUGCUGGCAGUGGAAAAGUACUCCUAGAUGGACUGUCGUCUGGGAUGAGGUACUCAGUUUGCCUUGUAGCAAAAGGUACUGCUGCUGGAAAAGAUCCCUGUAUUGAUUUUUACACACUGGACAAUGUAGAGGAUGGUGGGCAAAACCAACUUUUCAUCAUCAUAAGUGGCAUUGCCUGUGCUUUGGUUUUACCUCUUAUUAUCCUGCUGCUCUACAAGAUUCUCGCUCUUUAUUGCAAAGGACGCAACACCGGAUUGAAUGAAGAGGACCUUGAAAAAGAAAGCUAUGUCAAGUUUGAGACGAUAUCAAUGAAACAAAGAAAUCUGAACUCUCACCCAACUGAGCUUUGGGCAAGGAGACCAACUAAUGAAUCAGAGCGAAUGCUCCUGUGUUCCCGAUCAAGCAUAGACUCCCAAAUGACCUAUAAAAGUGACAGUUCUCGGUCUGAAUAUCUCUGCUAAAGCAGGAAGCCAUGGUUAAUGUUCACGCACCAUGGUAGUACCACAUUAUAUGAGAUACUCUUUACACGCCUUUUGUGACAUUGAUAAAAAAUAUCAGAUAUAAAAUUGUUCAUAAAUAUAUAUUCAUUUAAUUACAUCUGCUCUGGAUCAGAGAAUUAAACCAUCACACUGUAUAGUGUAAGCCCAUAUAGAAAAGUCUUACUACUUGGUAGCCAGGUAACUUUCCAUUGCUGUUAUUUUGUGCUAACAAGACCAGCUCCCAAGUUAAACUAAUGGGAAAGACCAAUAACUGCAAUUCCAAUGGGACACUGGAGACAUUAUCACUGGAACAUAAAAAUUGCAUUUAUAGAAAUUUUAACAAUUUAAAAGUUUGGUAACUGCCCUAAAACUAGUUUUUGUUUUUUGUUUUUUCUCAAAGGUAAACCUUCAAGUGAACUUUCCUGAAUCUCAAUUGUACAGUUGUAUGGACUGACUUGAUUUUAAGCGGUUCGGCUCUUGUAAAGUAGAUUAUUUGGGGGCAGGAUAUGUGCCAAACAAACAUUUUUUUGCCAUUACUAUUUAAAUUCAGGAUUUUUGUCUUCUGUUUGUAACAGCUCUGGUUAUGACUUUAUUUUGAAAGGCUUUAGCAUAGUUAAAGAACCUUCCCCAGACAAUAUAUUUAUGAUUUCCUUAUUUUUAAAGCCUUAUAUAACAAAAUAAAUUAAAAGUCACUACAGCACAACACAUGAUUAUAAAUGGUAUCAUACAAGUAAUUAGCUGUAUAUGAUCUUUGAUGUCUUUUUUGAUGCCAAAGUUGCAAAGUGUCAGGUAUGAAUAUUGUGAUAGCGUCAGACAAAAACCCAGAUUUUUCCAUAACAUUUUCAUGAUCAUGCUGGCUUUAAACAUUAAGCCAAACGUUGCCUUUAUAGAAAAGUACUGUCAGUGUGUUUGUAUAUAACAGAUUGACUAAUAUUGCCACUUUAUAUGACAUGGUGUAUGUAUAUAAUUGUCUAUAAAUGCACUGUGCAUUUGUUUUUAAUAAACAGAACAACUGUGGAA